CCAACGGCAAAAGCGAUCGUUGCCGCGUCCCCAGCGAGCGUGCCGCCAUUGCGCCGCCACGCCGGCGACCCGCGGCGUCGCAUCGCAUGUGAACACGGGGCGCGUUUCUCGUGCCUGUCAAGUAAGAUCGGUGGCGAUGAAGUGCGUCUCCGGCGCGUACUUCGAGCCGGACUUCGACCCGCUCCUCGACCGCCUCGGCACCCCCGGGGUCGUCGUCGAUAACGAGACGCGCGAGGACUGCACGCUCGUCAAGGUCGACAGCGUGAACCGGGACGGCGUGCUGCUGGACAUGGUGCAGCUGCUCACCGACCUCGACCUCGUCAUCUCCAAGUCGUACAUCUGCUCCGACGGCGGCUGGCUCAUGGAUGUGUUCCAUGUGACGGACCGGACAGGGCGCAAGCUGACGGACCCGUCGCUCCCCGAGUUCAUCCAGCGCGCGCUCGUGCGGUUCCACCGGACCGUCAACUGCGCGUCGCCCAGGUUCACCACGUGCCUCGGCAACGUGGUGGGGCCGGCCGGCCCCGACGUGUCGGGCUGCGCCGCGCUCGAGUUCACGGUGAACGACCGCCCGGGCCUGCUGUCGUCCAUCACGUCCGUGCUGGCCGACAGCGGCUGCCACGUCGCGUCGGGGCAGGCGUGGACGCACAACGGCCGCGCGGCCGGGGUGCUGUACGUCACGCCGCCGCUCCCGAGCCGGUGGGCGCGCGUCGAGCGGCUGGUGGAGGCCGUGGUGGGCGCGCGCGAGAACGUGGCCGGCGAGCGACACUGGACGCGCGUGUCGGGGCCCGCGCGGGGCCGCGUCCACACGGAGCGCCGCCUGCACCAGCUCAUGCGCGACGACCGGGACUACGAGUCCGGCCCGGCGCCGACCCCCGUCGACGAGGGGCUCUUCGGCGUGGGCGACAAGGCCGCGACCACCGCGCGGACGGCCCGCCGCGCCCGCGCCGCGACGCGGGUGUCCGUCGACAGCUGGGAGGAGCGGGGCUACGUCGUCGUCAAGAUGACGAGCAGGGACCGACCCAGUCUGCUCUUCGACACGGUGUGCGCGCUCACCGACAUGCAGUACGUCGUCUUCCACGCUACCGUCGGGUCCCAGGGGGUUCUCGCCAUUCAGGAAUAUUACAUCCGGCACAAGGACGGGGGCACGGUCGACAGCAGCGCCGAGCGGCAGAAGGUCUCCCGGUGCCUCGUGGCCGCGGUGGAGCGGAGGGCCACUCAUGGCGUGAGAGUGGAGGUGCACGCCGCCGACCGCUCGGGGCUGCUAUCGGACUUCACCAGAGUGCUGCGGGAGCACGGCCUGUCGCUGCUGAGAGUUGAGCUCAAGAGGCACAGGGACGAGGCCUUCGGCGUAUUUUACCUCGACACGGACACCGGCGGCGAGGUGCGCACUGAGGCAUUGCGCGCCGUGCAGAUGAGGGUCGCCGAGAUGGGCAUCUCGCUCGACGUUGUAAAGGAGACCAAGGCCCCUGGCUGGCCGCCUGUGAGGAAGACCAGCGUGCCAGCCCCACCCGUCGCCGGGCAGCAGCCUCAGGAGAAGCCCAGACCUUCUCUUGGGAGCCUCCUAUGGUCAAACCUUGAAAAGCUCUCAAAUAACUUCAACUACAUCAGGUCUCCAGCAUAGACGCUUCCAUUGGUGCGUCGGUUCCAGUCAUUUUCCGGAUCUCGGGUACUAACAAUUAAAAUGUCAUGAAACCGUACAAAUUUGUAUAUAUAGUAUAGCAUGUUGGCAUGUUGCAUUGCACAUGAAAUUCUUUAGAUAUUUGAAGAUC